AUGUUUUGCUCUCGCCCCAAGAAGCUCGAGAAGAAGUUACAGGAGAUCGGCGGGGAUGUCUGUCGAGUUGUGGAUGCGAUUGCGGCCAAGCGGAUAUUUACAGAUAUACUUCCUCCAAGCUUGCCGGACAUGGCCGAGGUUCCCGUAGGAGCGCUUGAGUUGCCCCACAGCUCUUACGUGGAGCGCGCGGCGGUACAAGAAGUUGCUGACGGCCUCACCAACCCAGAGGAGCCCCGUACCCCGUACACCGUUGUCGGAAUUGGUGGAGGGGGGAAGAGCGUGCUGGCCUCUGCUGUCGUUCGCAUGCCGAGCGUUAGGGAACACUUCCGCGGCGGUAUUUCCUGGGUGAGAGUGGGGAGGGGCGCGAAGAAUAGCCUGCUUCCUCUCCUCCAGGGCCUGGCCAGGGAGGUGGGCGCGGCGCCGACGGAUGCUCCGCACGGGGUGCCUCACGCCCUUGACAGCCUCGAGCAGGUGCAGCAGCACCUGGCUGCAGUUGCAUCCACCCGCAACUCCCCACGCCUGGUGGUGCUGGACGAUGUGUGGGAGCGCGAGGUCGUGGACGCGUUUGUUCCUCUGGGCUUUAAGCUGCUGCUGACCACGCGUGAUCGGUCGAUUGUGUGUGAUCCGGCCGGGCGUUUGGAGCUGGGAGACAUGACAGAGGAAGAGGCGCUGGAGCUGCUGCGGAAGACGAGCGGGACUGUGGAUCCUGGGGACGACGUCCGCAUGAAGAUGACCAAGGUCGUUGCGCUUUGUGGACACCUGCCGUUGGUGCUCGCUAUCGCGGGUUCCAUGUCCGCCGUGAAGGGGAAGGGCUUGACUGCCGUCGCCUGGGAAGAGCUUGCCAAAGAGUUUGAGAACGUGGCCAAGAAAAUGAGAGCUCGGGGCCAGCAGUCAUCGUCUAUCAAAGUGGUCCUUGAGACCACUUUCGACUCCUUGGCAACACGGAAGCAAAAAGAGUUUCUGAUGAUGGCUGUGUUGGCCGCGGGUGCUCUUGCGCCGAUCGAGAUGCUGUCUAAUCUGUGGGAAAUAGAGGACGCUGAGGGUACGCAUGCCGAAGCUGAGGGUCUGGUGAGCAAGUACCUCCUACACGCCGUGGGUGGUGGUGGGUACCGUAUGCACGACCUGGUCCUGGACUUUGCGAAGACUAGCAUCAGGGCAGAAGAGGAGACGGUGAAAAGGGCCACAGCGCUGCAGGCGCAGUACCUCGGGAGACUGGACGUGGUGGAGAGUUACGGAGACCCGGAGCACGGCGCUGGAGACCAAGGAAUUUUCUUUUUGGAUGCGCUCUGGCGCUCGGUGGAGAAACUCUCGGGGGACCCUCAGCUGGAGGUUGCCUCUUAUCGCGCCAGUCUCGGGGCGUUGGAGUGGGGCGAGGCGACGGAAGCCGCAGCGAGAUCCUACUUUUCUGUCGGUUUCUUGUUCAACGUCCAGGGCAAGUACGACGACGCCGAGUCACUGUAUAAGCGAUCACUGGCCACACAAGAGAAGGUGCUUGGUCAAGAACAUCCAGACGUGGCCCAGUCGCUCAACGACCUGGCGGGGUUGUUGAGAGCCCAGGGCAAAUACGCUGAAGCCGAGCCACUCUAUGAACAGUCACAAGCCAUACGAGAGAAGGUGCUGGGUCCGGAGCAUCCUGAUGUCGCCACAACGCUCAAUGAUCGGGCGAGGUUGCUAGAGAGCCAGGGCAAGUACGUCGAGGCCGAGCCACUCUAUGAGCGGUGCCAGGCGAUAUACGAAAAGGCUUUCGGCCCUGAGCAUCCCGAUAUGGCCGCAACGCUCCACAACCAGGCGGGGUUGUUGUGCAAGCAGAGGUCUCUCGGUCUGGAUCAUCCCGAUGUGGCCGCGUCGCUCAACAAUGGGGUUGAACUAUUGAUUGCACUGGGGAAGUAUGCCGACGCUAUGCCACUCGUUCAGAGGUCAUUGGCCAUUCGAGAGGAUACCUUAGGUGUGCAUCAUCCUGAUGUGGCUGCUUCAACCAACAGCUAUGCGGAGCUGUUGAAGGCACAGGGGAGGUACGACGAAGCUGCGUUGUACUUUGAGCGUGCGGGCAAGAUUUGGGAGAACGCGCUAGGGCCGAAGCAUCCCAUGGUUGCUACGGCACUCUACAACCAGGCGGAGCUGCUGGAAACACAGGGUAAGUAUCAUAAGGCCGAGGAACUCUACCGGCAGUCGCUGGCCAUACGAGAGCAGAUGCUGGGUGCAGACCAUCCGGAUGUGGCAGUAUCGCUUAACAACAUGGCGAGAUUGUUGGCGACACAGGAUCGGAACGAGGAAGCUGAAGCGCUAUUCGAGCGUGCGAUUGCGGUUUUGGAGGCGGCAUUGGGGCCGGACCAUCCCAACGUGGCCAUCGUGUUGAUCAAUCAAGCGGGACUAUUGAUGAUACAGGGGAAGUAUGCGGAAGCCGAGGUACUUUGUCAGCGGUCCCUGAAAAUACAAGAGAGCACCCUGGGGCCAGACCAUCCCGAUGUGGCAACAUCGCUUCACGACACGGCAGGUCUCUUGGAACUUCAGGGCAACUACGAUGAGGCGGAGCCGCUCUACAGGCGGGCACAGACCAUCCGAGAGAAGAUGCUGGGGCCGGACCACCCAAAAGUGGCUGCAUCGCUCAACAGCCUGGCGGGAUUGUUAACGAUACAGUGCCGCUACAAGGAAGCCGAAGGUCUAUACGAGCGUGCAGCUGCGAUUCUUGAGGUGGCGCUGGGGCCGGAACAUCCCAACUUCGCCGCAAUUCGCAAAAACUGGUUGGGUCUAUUGGAAAAACAGGGGCGACACGAAGAAGCCGCGCAUCUUUCCGAGCACGCUCCCCCAAACUUUUCGUCGACAGCCAAAGGCGGUUCUAUGGAUGACUCUCCCUUCGAAGGUGGUGAUGGUUUGCAAGGGCGAGCGUUGAUACUGGACGACAUGAAGGGCGCCUCCGAACUUCACAAGGCCGCGUAUGGCGGGGACGUGAAGUUGGUGGAGGAAAUCCUUUCUUCUCGCAGCUUGCUCCCAGACAUCCGGGGGAACAUCAGCAUGACUCCGCUGCACUAUGCCGUGAUACAGGGUCACAGAGACUGUGUGUGGGUGCUAUUGCGGCACGGCGCCAACCCUGACCUGCAAAAUAGCAGCGGGUUGACCGCUCUUCACAUGGCAUGCGCUAACCUUUCCCAUCAAUUGGUUAAGCUUUUGAUGGACUCGGGCGCUGACCCUAACAUGAAAGACGACCGCGGGCUGGAACCGAAGGGUCAUGCCCAAAACGACGAAGAAUUGGAACUCUUGCUGACGCUUGGAAAAGGUUACCGAAUUGGAAGCGGCAAGGACGCGGUCAAAAGUGCUCCUCAGCUACAGCAGAUUCUACCCCUCAUGCUCACCUUCCUUGAUAGCCGCAGCUGGUGUCAGUGCCUGAGUGUUGGUCGCUCAGCGCGUGAUACCGUUCGAGCGUUGAUCUCGGGCUUGAUGCCGGAUGGGCCGAGGCCCGAAGAGGGAUGGACAGUCCCGCUAGAUGUACUGACGCUGAAGACGGAUGACGCAGGCGUUGCCUACCUGGCUGCCAAUGAAUGCGGCAUCGCCAUUCACGGCGAGGCAGGGAGCCUUGCGCACCUGAAAGCUGUGAUUGUUCCACCUCCGCAGUCCGGGUUUAUCUCGGUGGAGGGGGAGCAGUAUAUUGCAACGUCCCCCAUUCUCCGCUGCCGGUGGACAGGAAACAACUGUUCGCAGGGUACGUGGACGGUGAGCUUUCCAUUGGAGGAGGAGGACGGUUUGUCCAACCCAACGGAACUUUCUCAAGUUCUUUGCCGCGGUGAUGAGCUUCAGGAUGAGUGGGAGGUGCAGACGACCGGGCUGAAGGCCGCCACGCGGCACCCGUCCAUGCAAGUUGAGGUCACUCACUUCUCGGACAUAAUCACGGCUGAUAAGCUGCGCGAAAUAGAAGCGAAAUCUACGAGCAUCGUCUACGAGCGCAAGAGGUCUUGGUUCUUUUCCAAGCACGUGCGUGUUUACAACGCUUCUUCCGAGGCCAUGACUGUUCUUCAGAUACUCCCGGCUGUGACGGAGUCGGCGAGAAGUGGUCAAGUGUCGGUCCCAGGAGGCGGUUUAGGCGGCAGUAGGAGUAUCAAUGUCAAUGAUGGUAACAGUGUAGAUGAUUGGCAAGAAAUACCAGCUUGGGUAAACGCUAGUAGUGAAACUGGUUCAGCACCCCCCACCAAUCCCGCCAAGCUGAGAACACGUCUCGGCAUGAAGGCUAUGCGCGUGAUCCCGUAUACUGUGACCGGAAGUCGCGUGACGAACGACCUGGAAGUGUUUCCCCGGCAUAUCUUUGAAUGCUUAGCAGGAUACGACUAUUAUCUGCUUCAAAAGAUGAUUUGCGGUUCGGGCAGGUCCAGGUUCUUGGCUGAGGAUGUUGAUGGCAAUAUGAGCGAGGAGAGGACAGUGCUAGACAUAGUGAACCGUAGGAAGACCAUUUGA